UCUUGACAGUAACCGGUUCAGUUUACUUCAAGUUAUCGCAGGCCCAUCAAUAAGAGGUGUGCGAUCACUUUGCGCAUGCAAAAGACAUGCCCAACUAUGAGAAAUGAAGCAUAUAAUAGCUAAGCCAAUAAUUGCUACCCCAGUUCCACAAAAAGCUUGACUAGCUGAUCUAUAAAGAUUUCUGAACUUGGUACUUGAAUUUGUUUUUUAUUUAAAUUACCAUAAAACAAUUUUAAAAGUAAAAAACUGUUUUGCUUACAAAUGCAAUUAUGCAGAUUAUCAUCCUUGUCUCAUGGGCAUUUACUUCUGCAAUUAAGUAAGUAUUAAAAAAUAACAUUUUGAUUAUUAGUUGGCAUUUAAACUUUUUCAUAUGUAUAUACAGGUUGAAAUUCCUGUAAUGAAAUUCCGUUUGUUCCCUAUGCGAAAACAGCAUUCCCUUUGCAGUGUACAGGAGCAAAUAAAUUCUUACUUUACUUUUUUAAAUUUUCUUAAUUUCUAUAUUUUGGGAAUGCUCGCACAAACAAAAUUAUCGAAGCUGAGGGUGCACAAUCACGCUGGUGCUAUAUUUUCUUAUUGAUUCACUUGUUAUCAGGUCCAAGUGACAAGUUAAGCUACACCUUUGGAAAAUAUGGUCAAAAUAUAUAUAUGUGUUAUCUAAUGUAUGUGUCAGUUGCUGUAGCAUUCAUGUCUAUGUUGUCUUGUUUUUAAGAAUUUUCUUAUUUUUUUGCUUUUGGUUAGUUCUGUGUGGAAUUCUGUGUGUUUUCGUGGUCCUGCCUAUAUGCUACAGCUGCCAGUAUGCUAAGUUUUUUGUCUAAUUCUAACCCUUCUCAUGGUAUGCAUUGCUGCGAGGAUCUCAGAGUUUUAUGGAAUAUAUUAACACUUUAAAAAAUGAAAGAUAAAAGAAUUAUAAUAUCAAAAAACUAAGCAAAAAAAUAGAUAUUCUUAAGCUAUAAAAAGCAUCUACGUAUUGUGUGUGAUAGCUAAUUAGAAGAUCAACUUUUUAUGACAUUAUGUAGUACAAAAAUUGUAACACAUAUUUAUAUUGCAGGUAUAAUGUUUCCAAUCUUCAUGAAUGGUUAUUUGCAAGAUGUUAAGUGUUAAAUCCAAAAUUAUCACAUCGUUUUUGUUUUUGUAUACAGCAUUGUGUUUUGUUAUGAUCCUGCAUGCCAUGAGAAUAGCUACUGCAAUACUGAGGUUAACCAAUGCGAGUGCACCAACACAACAAAUCUUUUGCCAGAUCCAUAUUGUGGGAGCAAUGGUGUAAAUUACAAGAACUUGAAUGAGCUUAAACAGACUGCAUGUAAAGAGAAUCGAACUAUUCACCCUGUUAAACGAGGAAUAUGUUAUGGCUGUAACAAUCAUCGUUGUCAUCCAGCCAGAGUGUGACCUCAACUUGAAUAUUUGUGUUUGCAAGCGAGAAACAAACUUUUACAGUCCAGUUUGUGGCAGUGAUAAUGUUACUUACCGAAAUCAACACCAACUGGAUGCAAAAGCUUGUUUUGAAGAACGUAAUGUUACACUCUCCUACAAAGGUUUUUGUGACCAGCGUAUGUAAUCCGUUCACAAAUGAAUGCGUUUGUAAAGAAAUUAUCAGUGCAACAUACGCUCCAGUGUGUGGUUCAGAUUUGCACACCUAUGAGAACAAAUUCAUUUUAGAAGCACAUUCCUGUCAUGAAAAUAUUUCACUGAAUGUCUUGUAUGAUGGCAGAUGUGUCGUAAAUCCACAUUGUGGUGAUCCAAAUUGUCAUUCAUUCUCCUAUUGUGACUACAAAAGUUUACGUUGUUUGUGCCCUUCCUAUAAUGCAACUGUUCCUAGUAUUGUCUGUGGGACUGACAAAAAAGAAUACUUGAACAGCCAAACAUUAAAAGAAGUUGCAUGUAAAACAAAUACAAAUGUUUCGGUUGCAAAAACUGGGAAAUGCAGUCAAGAAAGUGGAAAAGCUGAAGAUCAGAAAAAUAAUUUAGUUUUUAUAAUUGUUCCAACUGCUUGCACGUUGGUUGUCAUGGCACUGGUUUUGACUGUAGUAUGUGUUUGGCGCAAAAGAACAAAUAGAAGGGCAAUUAAAGAAAAUGAAAACAUCAAAAAUGAACUUCCACUGUUAUAAUGAUUAAAUAUACCAAAGGUAUUUAAUAAUUUAAUUGCUGUCAUGGUUUCUAUUAAGUGUGUCCAUGAUGAACAAUAUUUUCAUUUUAUUUGUACUGAAUGUUUUUUUAAGUAGAUUGUGGGAGUUUCACAAACAGUACACAUUCUUUUAAAACAUGAUCUUUUAAAAAUUUCUACAGUUUUUUAUGUGAUUUUGAGACCAAAGAAGAGCAGUUUGUAGAGGGUCACUAUACAUUUUGUGAGUGGGAUUUGUUAAUAAUGAAUUUUUUCCCUACCGUGGAUCAAGGUUUAUAUAGGUGUAAAUUUUAAAUUUUAUCUACCAUUUAAUUGAGCCUGAAAGGUAGAUAAAAAACUACAGCUUUAAAAUGAACCGAAAGUUUUAAUAUUUUGCUAUGAUAUUUAUUUGGUUAAGCGCCAAUUAUUUAUAUGCAUAAACGCCAAUUAUUUAUGUGCAUAUUUUGGCUAUUCAAAGUGUCUGAUGCUAACACCCUAGAAUCUCAAUAUUAUUUAGCUCUAAGCCCCUAAUAACGUCAAAAAUCUUUGAAUCAGUAACUUCUAAAUAUAUUGUUAUUUUUCUCACCACAGUGCUUGUAAUUUGCAUUUGAAAACAAAGUAUUCACCGUGAUUAUUGAUAAAAAUAUCCAAUUUUAUAAUGUUACUCUUUGUGGAAUUGGGAGAGCAUCAUAGCUGCUAUCAACCACAAAAAAUUUAAAAAAGCUCUGAAGAAGUUAAGAAUUACAAUAUUGUACAUACUCCUAGCCUUGUCGGUUUCCUUAAUGUUAUGGAGCAAGUGAUAUAGCUGCCAAUCAAUUUUUAAUUUUUUUGUUAAUAAAAAUUUUACCGUAAAUUUUAAAUUGUUUUCUUAAAUGCAGCUUUUAUAGUUCUGAGUCAUUAAUGUUAUUUAAAAGUUACAUAUUUUAUUUAUGUAAUUUUGAUUUGAAUUACUCUCCUUGAUUUAUUAUUUUUAUAGUAAAAUAUAUUAAAAACAAAUAAAACCUCAAAGUUGGGGGCUGCUUUAACAGUAUUUCAAUACAAUGCUUCGUUUGAGAAUAAAUUGGUCCUCCAAUGAUAAUGAGAAUAAAGUAAAUAAAUCCACAAAUCUUAAGCAAGAGAGAGAAAAUUCAAGUAGGAAAAAUUUUGAACAAGAAAAAAAUGAUUUUGUUCAUAAUAACUCCAUCCUAGAACAUGUCAAAGCUUAUGAUCUAGAAAGAAAUGUGUGGAUAAAGGGUUGUCACACCUCCUCAAAAGUUCUCAAAAUCUCCUCAAUUUUAAAGUCUCCUCAAAUAAACUACAAAAGUUUUUAAAAACUUUUUUCUUAAAUCUCUUCAAAUUUGACUCUUUAAAAAAAGUUAGGAAAAAAUUGAUAUAACUUGUAGAUAUUGUAUUGUUUCUGCCAAUUGCCUACAACACUAUUUCAAGUAUUGUUUGUUGAGAUACAUCUUUAGAGGUUGAACCAUUUUCUUAAAUCUAAUUUAUUGCAAUUCAAAUUACCCC